AUUGAUGAUAACGUGCUUUCCUGUAUUUAGUCGGCACCCAAAAUGGCUGGCAUGUUGACGCAAGGACGACGCGUCGUGCCAAAAAUAUUUCGAAGGUUUUCUGGUUAUAAUGCUUUAAACCAUGCAAUCAGGAGCUCAAGACAAAUGCAUCAUGCCCUUGGUGCGGGCCAGACAACCAAAUUUCCUUUAGCAGAGCUUCCGAAAACACAGCCAUGGGCCAGAAAUUUUCAUGUAGCAUCAGUAUUAUAUCAAGAAAUAAAGGAGGUAAAGUGUCCGGGAUUUUCCGAGUCCAUUUCUGAGGGAGAUGUCAGGUGGGAAAAAGCUGUUGGUGAUUUUGUUCAGGAAGAUGAAACACUGGGAGAAGUGGAGACUGACAAGACAGGAGUGCCUAUUCAUAGUCCAUUUGCUGGAGUUAUUGUGGAACUUCUGGUGGAGGACGGAACCACUGUCACAGCUCAUCAACCUCUCAUGAAAAUAGAUGUCUCCGCCAAAGGUGAUGCACCAGCCAAGAAAGUAGAGACACCUGAACCAUCAAAACCUUCGAUGGAGGCUUCUAAAGAAGUGGAGGCUAAACCCGCAUCCCAAGCCCAGGGUAGCUUGAGUAGCCCCAUUCCAUCUACCCCUCCCCCUCCACCACCAGUACCCAAACAGCCCAUGUCUUCUUACCCCACCUCCAGUGUCAAAGUCACACCUUUUGAGGGAUCAGUCGCACAAGGUGGUGCCAGAACAGAAACUAGGACCAAGAUGACCAGAAUUCGACAGAAGACAGCCCAAAGAUUAAAAGAAUCUCAGAAUACCUGUGCAACUUUGACAACCUUUCAGGAGUGUGAUAUGAGCAAUCUGAUGGAGUGGAGGAAAACGUACAAAGAGCAGUUUGAAAAGAAACAUGGUGUGAAGCUGGGAAUGAUGUCUCCUUUCAUAAAAGCUGCAGCAUUCGGUUUGAAGAAUCAGCCAAUUGUGAAUGCAGUGAUUGAUGGAAAUGAAAUAGUUUAUAGAGACUACAUUGACGUUUCAGUAGCAGUGGCUGCUCCAAAGGGCCUCGUUGUUCCAGUCAUCAGAAAUGUGGAGACAUUGAGUUAUGCCGAUAUAGAGAAAGCCAUUAUGGAAUAUGGGGAAAAGGCAAAAAAGAACAUGUUAGCAAUAGAAGACAUGGAAGGCGGAACAUUUUCCAUCAGUAAUGGUGGUGUGUUCGGAUCAUUGUAUGGAACACCAAUAAUUAAUCAACCCCAGAGUGCGAUAUUAGGAAUACAUACAAUUAAGAAAAGGCCUGUGGUUGUUAAUGAUCAGGUAUGUGUGUUGAACGAAAUGUUUCUAAAUUUUUUAAAAUGCACAAGGCCAUAUUCUAUUUUUCUUGAAUCAUUUAACGUAGAUCUGGUUCAUAUUGGGAAACCUCAUGAGGCUUGCAUAUAUGUUGCAGGGUCGCUGUUUUGUUGCAAACAACACAAAACUGGGUCGGUCUCAGACAAUUAUUUUAUUUCAAUAGAAGGGGAAAAAACCUAGAAAAAAUAUGAAAACAUACUCACAAACAUGCACACAAGCAAUAGACAUACAUAAAACACAAGACGUAAACUAAAAGACAUUUAAACAUUUACGAUAAACGAUGAUCCUAAUAUUAAUACGAUUGCCAGUAUAAUUACAUAUAUUUAUCAAGUAAAUGAAUUACAAGAUAAAUGUAAAUCUUACCAGGCAUCCAGUAUUAUAAAUGAAAAAUAUUUUUAAGUUACAUCGAGUGAAUCAAUAUUUUAGCUAGGACUGUCCAAUAUAACCGUAUUGGUACAAGGCUUAGAGUGGGGAUUUUGGCGGGGUUUCUAACUUUAUAUUGUGCACGGGUUAGUAACACAUGCAAAAUUAAUUAGUAUUCGGUAAAAUCCAUUGGUCCGCAGUAUUAUGAACUCAGACCACUGGUCAGUCAAACGUAAAGUUGAACUAAAAAUAGAAAUAAUUACCACCUGUACAAUACAAAACGUUCACACUGACUCUCGCAUACUUGAAAAACUAGUUUGUAUUCAAUUGGCUAUGUGCGCCAAUAUGAAUACUGAUAUAAUUAUAGCGCAUAAAUAUAUUUUAAAUAAAUUGCAACUGUGACAUAUAUGUUCCAUGUACAUGUAUACUGAAUGUUGGAGAAUAUAAAUUAAAACUGUCCACUAUAAGAACUUUCUAUCAUUCAAUUACAAUAUCCUUGGGAUGAAAUAAUAUAUUGUAAAUACAUUUUUGAAUAUGUAAAUUUUAAAGUGCUUGGAAAGAAAACAUCAACAUUUUCAGUUCUUGAUAUUGAGAUGUAUGCAUACAAAAUAUUUUUAUACUGUCAGAUCAAAAACAUUAAAGGACAUAUCUCAUGUUUUCAAAGUAUACAAUAUUAUAUGCAUUUUGUCUUCUUUAUGCUUAUAGUAAUUAAUUCUAAUAGUUCGUUCGCCGAAAUUUUGCGAUAAUUAACCACAAUACAGACUUAAAUCUAAGCCCCGAUUUCAAAAAGUCAAGUUAAUUAGGUAGGUAGUCACGUGGUACAGUGACGUCACAUGCGCCCUUCGGAUUGUGAAAGUACUGCGAGAUAUUAUUAAAAACUCAACUUUUUAGGGGCCUAAUCAAUUUACCAUGGGCAACAUUUAAAUCGAUGUUGAUAAAUUGUUCGAGUUUUAUAUGUGUUCGCCACCAGUGCACACAUAUAACGAUGUAAAUACCCAAAUAUAGCGAGUAAAGCGUGUAUGAAAUCGGCAAAAUUGUGAGUAAAUAAUGUUUAUAUGGGUCGCUGUCUACAAACUGUUUGGGGAUGUUAUUCCUUUAUACAUCUGUAAUUGGCGUUGUUUUUCUAAAAUAAACAGUGCAAUCAUUAUUUAUUUUUGGAUUAGACAAAUUAUGAUACGUUAAAUUGUUGACAACUAGGCCCUAUGCCAAGCUAUUGUCACGCGUGCAUUUCGGAAAGAAAGAAAAAGACAACACACACACAAAUCAAUAAAAAUAUUCAAAUUUAAAGUGGUAAUCACAUUAUUUUAUUUUGAUAAAGCAAUCUUAUUACUAUUUUUGAAUUGUGAUCUGCACGUCUUUAGGAAGUACGAAGUGGGAGCACGGCGUUAUAGCCUACUGACGCAGUCAAGAAGCUACGAGUUCAAUAAAGAAAUAAUUUUAUAAUUCAAUUUAAAGUUAGGAAAUACAAUAUUCUAUUAUUUGUAUAAUUAAAAGUUCAAUUAUUUUGUAUCUUUAUUUUUUGUUGUUGUAAAUCUACCAGUUGGUAGAAGUGACAUUGUAUCGUCGAUAUAUGUUGUUACAAGGUGAAGGUCAGUUGAUCCGAGUGUGUAUUGAAUUUGAAGAGCAAAACAGAAUGUAUGCUAUAGGCCUACCAGUGCUUACAGCUUCGAUAUAUCCAUUUUCUCGCAGUUUAUCAGUGUCUCUGUCCAAGCGAUGUUUGAAAAAGUGACUGGGUGUGUUUUUUAAGGUAAAGUUCUUGCUCCAACAAAAAAAAUUAUCCAAGUCUUUUUUCUCGUACCUUCCUUCGAAAAAUUGAAAAAUACUCAGUCUAAAUCCUUUCUACCGACAACUAGUACACCCGAGCACGGCACAAAACAUCUUAAUGCAUUAUUAUUUACAAGCCGUUAACGUGACAAUUGGUUUUUUGUCGAUUAAAUCUAAUCUGUUUAUGAAAUGUUUUCAAACCCGAGGGCGCAUAUGACGUCACACAAAUUGGCGCGUAAACUAGCGAAAGAAAAUAUGCAUAUCGCAAGAUUUGAAUUUCAUCGCUUUCAAACUCGAAAACCACGCAAAAUAUUUCAUUUAAAGUAGGGGUCUAGUAGCGUGACGUCAUGUCCGGAUCGAACUCCAGUAUUGGUUCACGUACUAUUAUUAUUGGGUGGAUUUAUACUGUUUUUACAUUUACCUGGAUGUUUUUUAAUUUAGUAAAAUGAAUACAAUAACACUCCAUCACUUAUAUUUAAGUAGACUAUGGAUCCAAUCUUCUUUCCAUUUUUUGUCAUCUAAUUCACACAUAAAACCAGAGGUACAUAUUUGUUUAAUUGAUAUACAGGCUGGGGUAUUACAUGUUAAAAUUAUCUGUAAAUUAAAAAAAAUUCAUGAUAUGCAAUCAUGCACUUGUGGAAUUAAAUAAAACAAUUCUGCAUUUGUUA